AAAACAACUCUUCGCUCUAAUUUCCUUUUCAAUUUAUAUAAAAAAAAUAAACAAAGAAGAGGGGAGUUUCAACGAAAAUCAAAGUCUUUCUGCAGAUUUUGUAACGGAUCGCUAUGGCAAUUGCUUCGGAAGAAACCACCCGCAUAUGCAAUCACUGUGACAGAGCCAUACCUUCUUCUAACAUCGAUUUGCAUUAUGCUCAUUGCUCCCGUAAUCUAGAAAAAUGUAAAAUAUGUGGUGAUAUGAUUCCAAAAAAGCAUACUGAGGAACAUUUCUUCAACACCCAUGCUCCGGUGGCCUGUUCUCUGUGCAGUGAGACAAUGGAACGUGAAAUUCUAGCUGUUCAUAAAGGGGAAAAUUGCCCCCAGAGGAUUGUUACAUGUGAGUUUUGUGAAUUUCCAUUGCCCGCCAUUGAUCUUGCUGAGCAUCAGGAAGUAUGUGGGAACCGGACAGAGCUGUGUCAUCUUUGUAACAGAUACAUUAGACUGAGAGAAAGAUAUAACCAUGAAAGUAGGUGUAAUGGUAUUGCAGAAAACAAUGUGGGAUCUUCCAGGGAUGUGAGGGCAACUGAACGGGAAGAAGGUGGUCCAAGAAGGCAGCGACCGGAGCGACAAGAUUAUUCUAGGAGACGAAUUCUAUUCACAAUUGCAAUAACUGGCAUUGCUGUUCUAUUAGGAUCACAUUUUUUCCAGAAGAAGACAGAUAACAAUCAGGUACAUUAGUUUCUUUGAUGUAAAUCAGUUUAGAGAGCUACACAUU